UUGCAUCAUUCUUUUUUUUUUUUAGCAAUAAUAAAAAUGAGUGGGCUCCAGAAUGCCAACCCAGAAAUCUAUGAGAGUGUUGGCGAUAGAAUUGUCACUGAUGAAGAAAAAAAUGAAGAAGUUUAUGAUUGUUUCGAUGCUAGAGAAAUUUUUGAUUUAAUCCGUUAUAUCAACGAUCCUGAACAUCCUUUGACAUUAGAGCAACUAAACGUGGUGGAAGAAAAAAAUAUACAAAUAGACGACACGCAAAACUCACUACAGGUCUACUUUACCCCUACCAUUCCGCAUUGUAGUAUGGCAACAUUAAUUGGGCUUUCCAUACGUGUUUUUUUACUUCGUUCGUUACCUUCGAGAUUUAAGGUUGACGUUAUGAUUUCGCCAGGAACCCAUGUUUCAGAGACAGCUGUUAACAAACAGCUAGCUGAUAAAGAAAGAGUUGCAGCUGCCCUCGAAAACAUUCACUUGUUAAAUGUUAUUAAUCAAUGUCUUAAAAUGUGCUGAAGCCCUUGAAAUUUAAUUUUUUAAAUCAAUCAUUGUAUAAAGAAAUUGUGACCUUAUUGUGGAAUGUGUGACCAUUUGAUCGGAAAACUUGUUGUGUGACCA